GAGGCGAAUCACUCGGACCUGAAUUCGGCUGUUGCUGGACCCCUCGCAUCGAACAUCAACUUCACCGACUCCGAGGGGCGCGUGCACGAGCCGCCCUUCACGUUUUUGAACGACGGGACCAACACCUGGAACAGUCCGAGAGACUACGGCAACCACAAACAGGUGCUCAAGUUCUUGGAGCGCAAAGCUGAGAUCAUUGCCGCAUGCUCGGAGACGCUCGACCGUCCAGAUGGACAUGACACGUACAAUUUGCUGCAGUACAUGGGCAUGCAAGCACAGGUCCAUGACAUCGAGUGGCUACGCUGGGCUUUUGGUGGCUACCCCAUCACUGUCCUUGGCUUCAGCUACGGCACCCGUGUUGCGGCUGCGUAUGCAUCCCAAUUCCCCGGAGCCGUGCAGCGCGUUGCAGUGUCGGGCGUCGAAGCCUCCAACCCAGAUCUGCUAGAGUUCGCCAAGGAGUCCGGGCUCAACACGGUGGAGAUCCUGGGGUUUGUCCAAAGCCAAUGCGCAGAGAGCACAUGCCGCAAGAAUCCCUUCACGAAGGGUGAGAUCAACGAGCCGGGAUUUUAUUUUGACGGGGACAUCAAUGCGGCGGUCAAGGAGCUCUUCCACCGAUUUCCACACAAGACGGUGCCGCCAUUUUGGCAGCUUAGCAUCUUUUACCUCAUCCCAGCACUUGACAUGGCAGGACGGUGGCAGGCGAACCAGGUGGCAAAGUUCAUCGCAUCGAACGCAGCAGACCGGACGCUAAUGCCGGCUGCGUACAUGUUUGUCCUGAAUGCCCAAGGAGCGUACGGCUGGCCGCAGCUGCCGACGCCUGUUGGCUUCUCGAACCCAACAGUGGAUGCGGUGGCAGUCAACACCUUGUAUGAUGAGCGCACUGGCAUGAACAUG